AAUUGUUCAUGCAAAGAAGUUGUUGGAAAAAGGACUAAAAAUGGCGGCCAAUAGUGUGGGACAUGAAGGUCAACAGUUGAACAACUCAACGCAGAUAGUCUUAUCAGACAUUGAAAUCUUCAAUAUAUUCAUAUACUUUGUCAUCUUUGCUCUGGGUAUUGUCGGAAACGGGCUCGUCAUAUAUGUGACGGGCUACAAAAUGAAGACAACCGUCAACUCCAUUUGGUUUCUCAACUUGGCGAUUGCAGACUUCAUCUUCAUCUUAGUCAUCAUCCUCUACAUUGUUACUGCCUUUAGCCAGGUUUGGCUCUUUGGUGACUUCAUGUGCAAGUUUGUCUCCUUCGUGACGGUGUUAAACAUGUUUGCCAGCAUUUUUUUGCUCACGGCUAUCAGUCUGGAUCGAUGUCUGUCCACCUGGAUGAUUGUUUGGGCUCAAAACAAACGAACUCUUGUCAAAGCCAGGAUCAUCUGUUCACUCAUGUGGGUUUUAUCCAUUGGCUGCAGCAUCCCGUUUGUUUUGUGCCGCUCAGGAGAGUAUAAUCAGUGUGCCUAUGAAUGUCCUUUAAACAUCUUAAAGUCUCUGUUCAUAUACAGGUUUAUAGUGGGCUUUCUCAUCCCCUUCCUGAUCAUUGCAUCUUCAUACAUUGCUAUCGGAGUGCGAGCCAAGCGUCUCAAAAGAGGAAAGAAGCUUAAACCUUUCCGGGUCAUUAUAUCUGUGAUCCUGGCCUUUUUCAUAUGCUGGUUUCCUUUUCAUGUUCAGCAGCUGUCUUCCAUAGUUGCAAUUAUAAAUGGGUGGAGUGAUGUUGAAAAUGUAUUCAAUAAAAUAGGGCCAUUUGUUAACUGCCUGGUUCAUCUCAACAGCUGUCUGAACCCCAUUCUCUAUGUGUUCAUGUGUGAGGAGUUUAAGAAGAAGCUCAAACAGUCUCUGCUGCUGGUGCUGGAGACGGCUUUUACAGAAGAACAUCUGCCUUUCCGAACAUCUCACCCUUCCACAUCUCGCCGUUCACGCCUCUCAGAAUCACAAGGUCUCAAGCAGACAAAUGAAACAACACUCUCAUCAUCUGGCAGCAGUCAGGACAACAAUACAUGCUUUUAGAAAAUCAGUCUCAGAGAUAUUCAUUCUUUAUGUUAGAUCGAAGUGGACGAUAAAUCACAUUAACAAGCUCUCAACAUUGCUGCCUUGAUGCCUGCCAUCUCAUGCCAGAGGUUCAAAGCCAAUUUGUGUUAAAGACAAUUUGAAGUUUGUUUUAAACGUUGCAAUUUAUGUGCCAUGUGACUUUCACAUGCCCCCAUUUUUAAUUGGCUGGACAAACUGAUAGCCCCGCCUCAAACUCACACCAUUGGUCGGGUCAGUGUUGCUGCUUCUAGUUGGGUUGAAAAUGAUUUGCAUUGUUUUUUUGUGGAAAACCUACAAUUGAUUUAUUUUAUACUUGUCUUUCUUUAUUAAAGUGGCUUUGUGGAAAAUAUUUUCAACAGAUAUUUAUUCUGUUUUAUAUAUUCUUUUCGUUGACAACCUUUUAGACACAUUGUAAUACUGUCAAUUUAGUGCUAACAUCUAUUUUGCAAUGUUUAUUUAAUCACCAAAACUGAAGAUAAUCUGUUUGAAACAUUCUGUCUGUAGUCUUCCUCGGUUUUUUAUAAAUACAGUUUUUAUGCUAUUUCUGUCUGGAAUUUUUUAUAGGCAUAAAACACUGUCACAGCAUUCUAUCUA